CAACCCUAAAAAUCCUCACUUCUAAAUAUGUGCAACUUACCUAUUCUUGUUCAUUAAAUCCACACAUCUAUCUAUCUAUUUAUUCAUCUAUUUAUUGAAUUGAAAACACAAAGAUAUAUAUAUAUAUAUAUAUAUAUGAAGGGAAGUGAGCACACAAACACUAACAUUAUGUCUUCAUCCUCUUCAUCUUCUCCAAUAUUACAUCCUCAAUCUCAAUCCCAAUCCCAAUCCCAGGUUGUAAUGGUCAUUAGUCCUUGCGCCGCCUGCAAAAUUUUACGCCGCCGUUGCACCCCCGACAAAUGCGUCUUGGCUCCUUAUUUCCCGCCAAACGAUCCCCUCAAGUUCACCACCGCUCAUCGCGUCUUCGGUGCCAGCAAUAUCAUCAAGUUCUUGCAGGAACUCCCUGAGACACAAAGAGCCGAUGCGGUUAGUAGCAUGGUGUACGAGGCGAAUGCAAGAUUACGGGAUCCAGUAUACGGUUGCGCAGGGGCAAUUUGUCAGCUCCAAAAACAAGUGAACGAUCUCAAAGAGCAACUUGCCAAAGCAAAAGCAGAAAUCGUGAGCAAACAAUGCCAACACGAUAAUCUCAUGGCUCUAAUUUACAUGCAAAUGACACAAUCCUCGCCAACGCCAUCUCAAUUUGACGAUUUUGCCAAUAGCCCGCAAAGUUAUCAAAGCAACACUAGUUUUCUAGAAGAAAGCAACAUUGGGCUUCUCUGGGAGCCUCUAUGGACAUCAUAACUUUAAUACUAUUACACAGCUGAAUCGAUAAAUUGUGAAAAUAUCUGAAUUUGAUAUAUCUUGCAUAAGUUAUCAGUGACAAACUAUUGAUUCGAACUUAUUUUGACUUGCGGAUCGAAAUGUAUAAUGCCUAGAAAUGAAAGAGUAUAAUAUAGUUUAU